AUGGUGCUGGAAAACCUUGAUAUUGAGCAGGGAGACCUAGAUGAAAUCCUGAAACAUUACAAAGGAGAUCUCAUGAGUCGGGCUAUCACCAUUAUUUGCCUCGGUAAACUUCAACCGGAAACGCAUGAAGGGACCGAACACUUUGUCCUUGGAGACGCUAUUCGUUUACUGCCUGCACACUGCCAAGUUCGUGUCGAUCCAAGCAGUCCUUCAUCUAUCCCUGAAUAUUACCCUAACUUCGCUACUUUGCCAAUAUGGGGGGAAAUUGUGGGACCCCAUACGAGCGUUGGAAUGGUUCACCAGGACAUUCCCAUCUCCACGAAGCGCCACAGAAACCAUGCAUUAGAGGACCCCCUCGAUAUGAUACCUGUCGGUACUGAAAUGUACAUUCGCCCUCGGGUGACCAAGCCAUUCUUUGACUUCUUUGCCGAGGGGUUUGCCUUUAACCCAGACAACAUCAGGCGGGAUAAUUUUCACAUCAACCCAAGAUACGCUGAUCCCAAGGUUCUGAAAGAAACCGCCCUCAUGCUACUACAGGAACGCAAAGCACUUUUCGACAAGCGUGCAGAGAAUGAAUGGACCGAGCACAUGCGUGAUUGGAGGUGUAAGCGCCGUCAGUGGGAAUUGACUCUUCUCGAAAAUGAAUGGAUACACAAAGAACAAAGCAUGAUCCUGCCCCUGGGAUUCGGUAUCGACAACCUUGUUGAUGCCCGCCGACACAUCGAGAUCGAGAACGCCAAGGAACGUGCAGGUCUGAUUUCACCCUUCGAGAUUGGACUGCGUGACAAGGAGAGGACUCAGCCCUAUGACGAGGUCAUUAAGGAAAUGGCUGAACUUGAUUCAGCUAUAAAGCAGCUUGAGGAGAUGCUGAAGAAUUGA